UUCUUACUUCAAAGGGAUGUUAUGAUCCUAUGGGAUGUUUAUUUUCUACAGUAUUGAUGAUACAGUUUACAGUAGUAUUCCAGUCACUGUGCAUUGAUGCAUUAGAAUUGUGGUAAAGUUACUACAACAAUACAAUUACAUAGGUAACUCAUUCUGUAAGGAAUACUUACGGUGUACAUUUAGAAUGAAGUUUUGUCCUUUGAAUUCUAUGUCUAGGAUUGGACGACAACCUUGCAUGGGUGGCAGAAGAAAACUUCUAAAUGACCAACAAGAACAAGAGAUCUGUAACAUGGUGAUGGCAAAUAAUGCCAUUACAUUGAGACAGAUCCGUGCUGCAAUCAUUCAAGACAAUGCCAUAUUCCAAAAUGUUAACACUAUAAGCAUCUCCACAAUAGACCGGAUAUUGAAGAAGCAUCAUUUAACAAUGAAGCAAAUUUACAGGGUACCAUUUGAGAGGAACUCUGAUAGAGUCAAAGAGCUGCGGUACCAGUAUGUACAAAGAAUAAUGGCAUUGGAAGGAAACGAGACCCCUCACAUUCUCGUAUUUGUGGAUGAAGCUGGCUUCAACCUGGCCAAGGGCCGAAGACGUGGCCGUAAUAUUAUUGGCCAUCGGGCCACGGUGGAUGUCCCAGGCCAGCGAGGGGGCAAUAUUACCAUGUGUGCUGCCAUAUCUGAGAAUGGUGUUGCCACUCACAUCCCUAGUCUUGGCCCAUACAACACACAGAAGCUCCUCAUCUUCUUGGACCGCCUUUAUUUGGAUUUGAUCCCUGAAAAUGAGAGAGGUCUCGUAGGGCCUCACCUAUCACAAUAUGUAAUUAUAUGGGACAAUGUGAAUUUCCACCGUGGCGCGCUCAUCAGGGACUGGUUCACUACACAUCCAAGGAUGGUCAUGGUGUUCCUACCACCUUACUCUCCCUUCCUUAAUCCUAUUGAGGAGUUUUUCUCCGCUUGGAGGUGGAGAGUGUAUGAGCAUCGGGCUCAAGAUCAACGGUCCCUGCUCCAUGCAAUGGAUGCUGCAUGUGAGGAUAUAACAGGAGAUCAGUGUAGGGGAUGGUUGCGACAUGCACGCCGUUUCUUCCCUCGUUGCAUCGCAAGGGAGAAUAUACGCUGUGAUGUAGAUGAGAAUCUGUGGCCAGACAGACAGCAGCGUGUGGAUGGUCAGGAGGGUGAGGACGGUGACCAUGAGAGGGAGGGUGAGGACAGCGACCAGUGAAGAAAUGUUCACUGAAACCCCAGCAUUAUUUACAGCACUGUAGGCUGCAUAUAAUUUUCCUUGUUUUUUGUGUUUAUAUUAGAGUAUAUUAUGCUGUAUAUAUUUUCUUUUUACUCUGCUGUAUGGAAGUUACUUUGUGUGUGUGAAUAAAAGUGGUUACAAUUUCCUUGGCAGUGAGUGCAGUGUGUGAUAUCAAACCUCUGAGGCUACUCUUACCCUAAAAACCUAUUUUUUUGUUUUUGUUUUAUACACAAUUGUAUUCUGUUAGCUAGAAAAAAAAACAGUACAGUAUUCAUUCUCAAUAAAGGACUGGGCUAAGACUGAAAGGUGGACAUAAGGGAUAUUUUUAAUGGUCCUCUGCCAUAGUGACAAAACAUCUAAACAUUUUGACUUGCAGUGCUUACACAAUGCCAAAGGGAGGAAGCAUUUUGGGGGCACUGACUGUUUAAAUGAGAAGGAUAUUUAGUUUUGACACAUGAGUGAACUGUUUUGGGAGAGGUAUGAGCUUUUGCAGGUGAACCAUGGUGUUGUGCCGAACCAUCCACUUUAUUUUGACAAAAGCACCAAGAGUGUUGAGAACGUCCGGUCUGUUUCAAGAAAUGAGCCAAACAGUUGAGAAGGAUAUUUGCCAUUUUUGUGGCACUAACGCUUUAUAUGGGAAAGGAAUUUAGUUUUGAAGCAUGAGUGAACAGUUUUGGGAAAUAUAUGAGCUUUUGCAAGUAAGCUAUAGUGUUGAGCUGAACUGUAAGACUGUUGUGCCAAAUUAUCUUAGAGUUUUGAGAAUGUAAUUUCUGUUUCAAGAAAUGAGCCAAACCAAUGGAGAAAAA